AUAUACAGUAUGUCAAGUCUCCCGAUUUUCCACCUUGAAAAACAGACUCCUUGUCUCAUCCUUGGAUCCAAAAAACAUUUUGGAUCCAAGGGGCCACUUUUUAAAUCUCUGCGUUCAAUUUUCAGCUGUUGCAUAUUGGAAUGUAUGUGAGGGAACUUUCAAUCAAAGGUAGUUUCUUCCUUCUUCCAAAAUACUAUUCUCCCCACCCUAAACAGCCAUUCUCAGAGACCUUCUCCAGUUCCAUCUCUGCAUUCUGCAAAGAUUCAACCCUCUUGACUUGCGAAGGAAUUCCAUUGCCUAGCAACUGGGCUCUGGAAGCAUUCCCAUAGCAACCGCAUCUCUGGCAGUUGGGUACCAAGUCAAAGGAGCACCUUUGGUUGCCGUCCACCUCCUGCCACAGGGGGCUUGCUUGACAGCAAAGGGAGUGAUGGUCCAAAAUGGAAGAGAUCCCUGAAUCUCCCACGGGAAGCACUUCUCAGGCUGACAAGGCAGCUCCAGACGGCUUUGUACCCAGGAUAUCAGAAGCUAUGGCUGAGCUCUUAGUGAACACAGUUGCGAACACUGCCAAAAUGGUCCAGGUUUCAGCUGAGGCCCAAAAGACCGCACAGCUGACCUGUUUCCAUGCGGAGCAAGCUUUGGGCCAGGCUCGGCUGAGCUACAUCGCAGCCCGAGGGUUGGCUGAGCAGCUUUUGGGCUUCUUGAGUCCCCCCGACUACCAGGGGCUCUUCCAAGUCUUGUCACAGCCUCCCAUGCCAUAUUCUGAAUUCUGUGCAACCAUCCGACGUACAGAAAAUACCCUCCUGCACCCCGUCCUCAAGUGCAAGCCAGGAUUUUCAGUCCAGCGGGAACCCAGUCCAGAUUCUGAAUGCAGCUGUUCUCCAGAAGAUGGCCUUCAAAGUGGAAUUAAUGAUCUCCAGGUGUUUAGAUCCUGUUGUGGCCAAGAAACAGAAGAAGAUGGGAUAGAAGAGGAGGCUGGUCAGUCUCUGCAGAUUAGGGGGAGAAAUCCUUCACGGCACAAGCAGGUGGAGACAGUGCUUCUGGAGGAUCAGAUGGGGGGCGCUUAUGUGACCCAGCGCCGCCGCUCACCCCGGCGGUCCCCCUCUGCUGGCGUAGAUGGACUUUCCCCGCUAGUGUCCGAGCAGGAACUCAGCACCAUUCAGCAGGGUGGAUCAGGGAAGUUCUUGAGCAAAGUGACUCGGCGCGUGGAUCAUCACCAGCAGGAAAAUUCGGACAGCGACACUGAUCAGUCAGAGAUCUCAGCUAAGGACACUGGAUAAACCUGGCCCCAGAU